AGGUUGGCGGCUACCGGGACCUGAGAGUGAUUGGUAAAAGUAAGAAAAGAUGUAGCCAAUGAAAGGAGUGCUGCAAGACUUAGGGGCCAAUCAGUAAAGGGGAGUAACCUGGGAUGUACCAAUAUGUUAAUUAGGAAGGGGGAGUCUUUGAAGAAAAUAUAGACAAGAGGCUGACAAGCUGAACCUUGGAAGGGGAAGACGUUUGAAAUAUAGCUUCUAUUAGCUCCUAAGAGUUAGGCCAUGAGAAAAUUGGUUCAAUCUUCUAGCCUUGAUGGGGUUGUGAUAGGAAAUUUCCCCUGUAGGUGCUUUGCAUGGUGCGCUCCGCUUGAUCACGUGAGCCGUUUCCAAGAUGGCGGCAGGGGUGGCCGGGUGGGGGGUUGAGGCAGAGGAGUUCGAAGAUGCCCCUGAUGUGGAGCCGCUGGAGCCCACGCUUAGCAACAUUAUCGAGCAGCGCAGCCUUAAGUGGAUCUUCGUCGGGGGCAAGGGUGGUGUUGGAAAGACCACCUGCAGCUGCAGCUUAGCAGUCCAGCUAUCCAAGGGGCGGGAGAGUGUUCUGAUCAUCUCCACUGACCCAGCCCACAAUAUCUCCGAUGCAUUUGACCAGAAGUUCUCCAAGGUGCCUACCAAGGUCAAAGGCUAUGACAACCUCUUCGCCAUGGAGAUUGACCCCAGCCUGGGUGUGGCGGAGCUGCCGGACGAGUUCUUUGAGGAGGACAACAUGCUGAGCAUGGGCAAGAAGAUGAUGCAGGAAGCCAUGAGCGCCUUCCCAGGCAUCGAUGAGGCCAUGAGCUAUGCAGAGGUCAUGAGGCUGGUGAAGGGCAUGAACUUCUCGGUGGUGGUGUUCGACACAGCGCCCACAGGCCACACGCUAAGACUGCUCAACUUCCCCACCAUCGUCGAGCGGGGACUAGGCCGCCUCAUGCAGAUCAAGAACCAGAUCAGCCCCUUCAUCUCACAGAUGUGCAACAUGCUGGGCCUCGGGGACAUGAACGCAGACCAGCUGGCCUCCAAGCUGGAGGAGACACUGCCUGUCAUCCGCUCCGUCAGUGAGCAGUUCAAGGACCCUGAGCAAACCACCUUCAUCUGUGUGUGCAUUGCUGAGUUCCUGUCCCUGUAUGAAACGGAGCGGCUGAUCCAGGAGCUGGCCAAGUGCAAGAUCGACACGCACAACAUCAUUGUCAACCAACUCGUCUUCCCUGAUCCCGAGAAGCCCUGCAAGAUGUGUGAGGCCCGCCACAAGAUCCAGGCCAAGUACCUGGACCAGAUGGAGGACCUAUAUGAAGACUUCCACAUUGUGAAGCUGCCACUGCUGCCCCAUGAGGUUCGGGGGGCGGACAAGGUCAACACCUUCUCUGCUCUUCUCCUGGAGCCCUACAAGCCCCCCAGUGCCCAGUAGCACCACCACCAGCCCCAGCUGCUGCCAUUUCACACUCAGCCGCCACCCACCGGGGCAGAGUUUGCACAAAGUUCCCCCAUAAUACAGGGGAACCACUUGGGGGAAGGGAGGCGGGGAGGGGGUCUUUUCCCCCUGGUGGGGCUGGGGGAGCUGUAGCUGCCCCCGCACCUCUCCCCGCCUCUCCUCCCUCAAUAAAAUGAUCUUAAACUAC